CCUUUAUUUUUUCAGAUAGUGCUUUUUGCAUAGUCAUUCACACUGUAAAAUGGUGUAUGCAAAGUUAUGUUUGAACAGGGCCAGCUGUGAUGGUGAAGGCUAAUUUUCUUUAUUUCAUUAAGAAAAUUGAGAAAACAGGGAAAUUAUUUUUCAAAAAUAUAGAUUGGGAAAUUCAAAGUUUAGGUCAGGGUAAAUUCAAGUAAUUAUUAAAGAUUUGUUUAAACACCAUGAUUUGGUUUUAAGUUCUGUGUACAGACAUACUUUACUUAAGGCUUAGCUGCUUUUAGUUUCCCAUUUAGUUUAGUUGAGCUGCUGGUAUAAAAUUUGAGAUUUGAAGGAUGUGUCAGCUUCUUUUAUAAACACUUCAGGGAAAAAUUGCGCGCGAUGGCUCUGACUGGCCGAGUGGUUCUGGUGACGGGCGCCAGCUCCGGGAUCGGCGCUGCGACGGCCGUCCACCUGUCGCAGCUCGGAGCCAGCCUCUCCCUGACGGGGCGCAACACGGAGAACCUCGACAGAGUGGCCCGGCUGUGCCAGCCCGUGUCCGCGUCUCAGCCGAGGCCCCACGUGGUCGCCGGGGAGCUGACGAGCGAGAAGGACGUCCGCCACAUCCUGGAGUCCACGGUGGGGCGGUUCGGCAGGCUGGACGUGCUGGUGAACAACGCCGGCGUGCUGGAGACGGGCGGCAUCGAGGACACCUCCUUGGAGCAGUUCGACCGGGUGUUCGGCGUGAACGUGCGGUCGGUGUACCACCUCACCAUGCUGGCGGUGCCGCACCUGGUGAGCAGCGGGGGCAGUGUCGUCAACGUCUCCAGCGUGAACGGCCUGCGGUCGUUCCCGGGCGUGCUGGCCUACAACAUGUCCAAGGCGGCGGUGGACCAGUUCACAAGGUGCGUGGCGCUGGAGCUGGCCCCCAGGGGCGUGCGGGUGAACAGCGUGAACCCCGGGGUGACGGUGACGGAGCUGCAGAAGCGCGGGGGGCUGGACGACGAGGCCUACGCCAGGUUCCUGGAGCGCAGCAGAGAGACGCACGCGCUGGGACGCCCGGGCACCCCGCUAGAGGUGGCCCGGGCCAUCGCCUUCCUGGCCAGCGACGACGCCAGCUUCAUCACCGGCGCCAGCGUUCCCGUGGACGGCGGCCGGCACGCCAUGUGUCCUCGCUAGGGACUUGGCUCACUCGCACACUAACACAGCGACUGUGUUACAUGUUUAUGGUAUUCUGUAUAGUCUCAGUCAAAACCCUAAAAAAAAAAUUACAAUGAAAUGUGACAAAAUGCUGUGUAAAAUGUAAAAAUGUGCUAACAAAUAAACUGAUGAAUAUUGA